AUGAUGUCCGAGCUAUGGUCAAGAAUAACGCGAAUCGCUCAAGAUUGGUGCGCUGUGUGCUCGAUCUCAAUCAAUUUCUACCUGGUGCUUCUCAUCAAAUUCCGAUCGCCGCCCAAAUUGGGCAAUUAUAAAUACCUAAUGAUGUAUAUCUCAUCGUUUCAUAUUGUUCACAGCGCGAUCGCCGCCUCGAUCAAGCCAAUCGUGUUCUCGUACAAAUCCCUAUUUGUGGUGCUCGUCGAUUUGAAUUAUUCGCUAGUUGACAAUCAAAUCGCCGAGCUAUUCAAUGGCAAACGAUUUCGCGUCGAGACCAAAUUUAAAGGAUCAUCUUCAACGCAAGAGCUCACGCAAGCAUUAUGGGCGGGGCUUGGAGAAAUGCCAACUCGAAUGCGCCUUUAA